AAAUGAAAACGGUGAGUGCGUGGCGCAUGAAACCGCAGAAAAAUAGAGGAGAGAGAGAAUAAACAGAAGAGAGUGAAAGAGUCUUUCAGUGUGAAACAACUGAAAAACAGAGAAAGCGACAGGGCAGAGAAAAAGAGGUUCCAAAGCAGCCACCAUAACAGUGAAUACACAUAGUUACAAAACAAGCAUAAGAGGGAGAGUAGUGUGUGUGUGUGUUUUUUGUUUGGAUUUCUAUGAGGAAUCCAUUGAAGGAGGAAGAACAGGAGAUUUAUGUCGUCUUGGUUUUAUUUGGAAGUAGUGAUUGGAGCUUUGUUGAAGCUCGGGUUCGGUUACGCUUGUGUUUGCUGCAUGCUACUCUGGUUGGUGUUGAAUUCUGCUGUUUCGAUGAGUUUGAGGUCAAAAAGGACAUGUUAUGGAAUUCUGGUUUGUUAUGGAGGCUUUCAGAUAAAAAAAUUCUCUGCUUUCUUCCUCCUUUGGAGAGUGGAUCUCACUUGAUGUUCUUGAAAUUAUGAGGGAUUUUUUUUUUGGUUUAUUAAAAAAAAUUAUUUUGUUUUGUUGAACAAUUUUUCUGGGUAUUUUGAGGGGUUUUGACCCAAUUUUUUUUACCAUGGUGGAGCCUCUUAAUCAAUCGACUCCUAGGACGAAAAAAAUGAAACACAAGCGAAAUCCGAUUCAUGACUCGAAAAUGACGAGGAAACUGCGCAUCAUUUGCAAUGAUCCUGAUGCUACUGACUCUUCAUCUGAUGAGGAUGAGUAUUUUGGGAAUGUUAGGAAGAUGAAGAGAACUGUGCUUGAGAUUGCUCUUCCACCUGUUCCGGUUAACCCUGUGGUUGCAGAUGAAACUAGUACUGAGAGCACAAACAAUGAUGAAUUGAACCAGACGAAGAGGGUUAUGGCGAAAACCCCCUCAGUGAAGAGGCAAUCUUGUGGGAAAUACAAAGGUGUUCGGAUGCGGAAAUGGGGCAAAUGGGCCGCGGAGAUUCGUGACCCUUUCAAGGGCACGCGAAUCUGGUUGGGCACUUUCAGCACUGCAGAAGAGGCUUCUCAAGCCUAUGAGACCAGAAGGCUUGAGUUUGAGGUCAUGGCCAAGGCUCUAUCUGAUGAGAAGAGCAACAAUGGCAGCAGCAACAACAAUGUUGUUGCUUCUGCUGAAACUGAAACUGUGGCUGCCCCUGAAAAUAACAGUUCAAACUAUUGUGUUUCUUCUGCUGCAGGUUCUGUAUCAGACUCCAAGUCUGCUUUUAUGGAUGAAUCAGAGAGUGUGUUGUCACACACAUCACCAUCUUCUGUGCUUGAAUUGGAUACAUCUGCUUCCAAUUUGAUUGGGAGUGGUAAGGUUUCAAGCAAUGAAAUUGUUGAGACUAAAGGGUUGGAGGCCGAAGUUGCUGAGACUAAAAGUUUGGCAGCUGAAUUUGCCGAGCUGGAAAUCCAAGAUUUGAGUAUGCUGAAUGUACCAUCCCCAUCUGCUGUUGCUGCUGCUACGUCUGAGUAUGAAUUGGAUUUGUUGGCAUUUGACAGUUUCAAAUAUGGAUUUGAUUAUGAACAUGGCUUUGACGAUGAUUUUGCUGCCCUGGAAGACAUUCACAUUUGCAGUUUUGAUGAUAAUGAGCCUAGCGAGCUUCCUGAUUACGAUUUUGAUGACUUUGGUGCUGAUGAGUUUGCUGGUUGGAUUGAAGAACCCCUCAAUAUACCUUGCGUAUAGAUUUUGCAGCUACAUAGGAAUGAGUUCUAUCCAAGAGAAUUACAAGUUUUGUGUCAUUGCUUAAAAAUGCUCUACAGUUUUGUGAGAUCUCAGGAAAAAACUAGUUCCUGGGGGUGUUGUUUUGUUUUAAUUUAUUUGUUUCUUUAGGGAGAUGGAAGAUCAAUGAGAGGUUAAGAGAGAAUGCCUUGGUUUUCCUUGUGCUAUUAGAGCCGUCCAAGGGUUUUUCAAUUUCUAUUAUCAUGAAAGUUCUGAGUGUGUAGAAGUCUAUCAAACUUGAAUUCUAUUAUCUUUAUGAAAAAUUCUAUGGUAUCCUUGGAAAUUUAAAGGUUUUGGUACUGUUGUUGAAAA